AUGGAAAGCUCAACAAUUAAUCAAACAAAAAUUUUAUCAAACAUUUCUGAAAAUUAUAGCAAUGAUAAUAAAAAUCUUUCAUUAAUUAUGGAAGAACAAAGUAAUUGUCAUUAUGAGGGGACAGAAUAUAUUGAAGUUAAAUUUAUUUUGAUUGGUGUUUUUGCUAGUGGAUUAGCUUUAAUAUCUUUUUUGCUUAAUGCCUUUCUUGUUUUAGUUUUUGCUUUAAAUCCAAAACUUGGCCGCUCUCCACUUUUUUAUUUUGGUGUUUUGGCAAUUUUAGAUUUGGCUUUGGCAUGGCUUUAUAUUGCAUUAAUGGCAGUGCCUGCUUAUAUGGACAAAUUUAAAUUGCUUUGGCUUUAUCAUUUAUUUGUUUCAUAUUUACGUCCAAUGUUAACACUUUCAAAUUUUGCCGUUUUUGCUUCUGUUUUGAUGAUUUUAUUGGCAACAACAGAAAGAUUAUUGCUUACCUUUGAGGGAAAACAAAUAAAAAAAGCUAGAAAGAUUUUGGAAAGAAAUAGAAGGCAAGUUACCCUUUUUGUAAUUUCAAUAGCUUUUGCAUAUAAAUUAUGUACUUAUUUUGAAAUUGAAUUAAUUGAAAAUAAAGAGUGUGAAGGAUUUGAACAAUUUGAAGUAAUUUCUGCUGUUCAUGCUUAUAAUCCUAAUCCUUUAUUUAGGCUGUUUGGUUUUGCUAAUUAUAGGUAA